AUGGUCAAGGAGCCUUCGGAAUUGCAGAUUGCCUAUGAACGUCUGUCCGGCAUUCACAAGAAGCUUGCCGCUCAGAAGGGGGGUGACAACGCAGACAAAGUCCUCCAGCAACAGCUCCAGAAAACUCUGUCGAUGGUGAGAUCGAAGAUGGCGGAAACCCGGGCCCAGUCAACCAACUCCUCUGACGUGAACGAAGACAAAGCCUUCCAGCAACAGCUCGCAAAAACACAGUUGAUGCUGAGGGCGAAAUGGGAAGAAAUCCAGUUGGCCGAGUCAUCUGGCAUGAACGAAGAGGAUCUGAACAUCCAUUCGAGCGGCGUCCUCGGUGUGAGGAAGGACUACGAAGAACGCCUAGCAAAGUCCACUGGGAUCAGCGAGGAAGAGCUUUGGUCCUCGGAGAACUUGUAUCGUCAUUUGAAACUGCUGGAAAAUCGUUUUUCACGAACGAUAGGCGCCCGUCCGUGGAUUGAGGCAUUAUUGUUCCGCGUGCAUGCCAUACUUCCGAGUGGGGAGUAUAUGGUCAUUAACAUGGACCAUGACGUUUCAUUGACCCCAGAAAAUACGAGCGCGCUGCCGACCCCUGAUGAUUUCGUGGUUCACAGCGUCAUAGUUGUGAACGAUGAAUGCCACGCCAGGCGAUUCUUGUCCUUUCCGUCUUUGGCACGGAUCCGGGUUCAUAACCCAUCGACGUUUUUCAUCCUGGAGACGAAGUUCUUAGAUCCGUUAUGCCAUGUCCCUCAGGCGGCAGACGAACUGUACGAGUGCGCAAAGCGCCUCGACAAAAAGAUCAUACGCGGCGCUCUGACAAGCGGAGAGGAUUGGAUCUUCUUGCAUCUCAAGAUGAACGACGACGGGAACGGAGCCUCGUAUCAUUAUUCUGAACGACUUCGGCUCUACAAGGCUCAGACUAACCUUGCCGCCGAUGUGGAGAUCAGUCGCCCGUGGCCUGAUUUAAUUGCUGCCAUUUUGUCUUCUUGGAUCGAGAAUAGCCAUUCAGAGAUUACAGAUGACGAUUGGUUCGAAGCGAUGUGA